AGUUUUACUGUCACCUGAUUGGCGUCGUUAUCAAACUUGACCUAUUUAUUACAGAGUGCGCCAAGAUUGGAAUGGUUUGUUUGUUGUGAUCUGGUCCGGCUGGCCUUUGUAUGGCUACUAAACGCCUUAAACGGGUUGGCUUAUGUCCCGAAACACUUGAAAGAUGUCAGAGACAGCAUAUUUUAACUUGCUCUGCUUAUGAGCUUUGGUCAGCAAAGAAGAAGCAUUUUCUCCCACUCUCUUUACCAGAACUAGACCAGGUUUUACAUGGAGGAAUACCAUUAGGAACAAUAACUGAGAUUGCAGGUCCAGCAGGCUGUGGCAAGACCCAGUUUUCCAUUAUGUUAAGUGUUCUUGCUACUGUCCCAGUGGAAAUGGGUGGCUUGGGUGGUGCUGUAGUGUACAUUGAUACAGAGUCUGCCUUUAGUGCAGAAAGGUUAGUAGAAGUGGCUCAGAACCGUUUUCCAGGUCAUUUUAUAUCAGAAGAGAGCCUGUUGCAGCUGACAAGCCGCGUCCAUGUUUAUCAUGAGUCAACAAGCAGUCAGCUUCUAAAGAGGUUACAAACACUAGAGGAGGAUAUCAUUGAGAAGAAAGUGAAGCUUAUCAUACUAGAUUCAGUUGCUUCCCUUGUCAGGAAAGAAUUUGACAGUCGCACUUCACAAAAUUUGUAUGAACGAACUAAUUUAUUAGCAAAAGAGGCAGCCAUUCUGAAGUAUUUGGCAGAAUCUUUUUACAUCCCAGUUGUAGUGACCAAUCAGAUAACAACUAGGUUUGGAUUUAAUCUUAGUGAAGUUGAUGUAAUGGAAAAAGAAGACUCAGUGACAAGUUCAGAAAAUGGCUAUGUGACAGCUGCCCUUGGGAACACAUGGAGUCACAGUGUGAAUACCAGGCUUAUUAUACAAUAUUUAGAUGACAGAUACAGACAGAUACUGAUUGCUAAGUCCCCUGUUGCUCCUUUUGCUGCACAUGAAUAUGACAUUCAAGAUAAGGGCAUAGUGCUAAAAUGUAAUGGUGCUAGGCAGUAUGAAGGGACUGAUCCAGGAUUACAACAAAUCAGAGUACGGACUAGUUUACAGAAAGAAUGUUUUCCUACUUAAUGGAACAAGACAGUUGGCUGGCUUCAAAGUUAUUAUGAUUUCAUUUAUGAGUUUCUUUUUAAUAUGGACCGUAUUAAGUGUUCGGGUUAUCUUGAUAAAUUAUUUUUUCAAAAAA